CUAUUUCAGCUAGGGUUGUGGUGGAUAGAAGACCAGUUCAACUUCAACUGUGUGACAUGGCAGGACAUGACAAGUUUGAGCGCCUCCGUCCACUCUGUUACCGUGAAGCUGAAGUCUUCCUGCUGUGCUACAGCAUGGUCCUUCCAUCCUCCUUCAGGAGCGUAAUGGGCCACUGGGCCCCCGAGGUCCAUCGCCUCUGUCCAGGCGUUCCCAUCAUCCUUGUGGGCACCCAGAGCGACCUGCGGGAGGACGUCCAGGUGCUGAUCCGACUCGCAGACAGCCAGGAGAACCCUAUGAGUGGAGACGACACCCGCCUGUGCGCCCGGAGCAUCAGUGCUGUGACGUUUGCUGAGUGCUCAGCGCUGACACCGAAGAACCUGAAGGAAGUGUUCGACAGCGCCAUCUUGGCCAGCAUGCAGCACGCGGAGGAAGCGGCGGUGUGGCAGAGGAUGCAUACGCUAAGAGAUAAAACCCCAGAUAAAAUCAAGCAGCUCUCAGAAACAUGGUGGAGGAAACUGAGCUGCGUCCAGAGCUUUGACCUUCAGUGACGGAGAACACUGGUGGGUCUGAGUUGCCUUGCGCUCACAAAAUAAACAAACCCUCUUAAAGUCAAGUCCAGAUGAAAUGGGAUUUACAGACACAUUUUACUGUGAUGCAUUUCCAAAUUAAAAAGCAUAUUCAGCAUGCAAUAAUGUAGGACAGGAUGUGAAUUUACUGUGAAAAGCACAAUAAUGAAAACAUGCAUUAUGAAAGUAAAUAGGGUCCAUUUUGAUUCAUGUUUACUUCUAGACAUUUUAGAUGUGACAAAAUUAUAAUUUUUAUUAAAAGGUUUUGUAAAAA